UUGCACGCUUCCCGACAACAUUCAGCUGGCUAGCGCAACAACCAACCUCAAGCCUGGUCAUUCACGUCGCCAGUCAAGAUGCCAGUCGUCAAGGGCGGAGUAUGGACGAAUAUUGAGGAUGAGAUCGUUAAGGUAGCUGUGUCCAAAUAUGGACUGAAUCAGUGGGCGCGAGUAUCCUCCCUUCUUGCCAGGAAAACGCCGAAACAAUGCAAAGCACGCUGGUCAGAAUGGCUAGACCCCGCUAUCCGGAAGAUCGAGUGGUCGCGAGAGGAAGACGAAAAACUACUCCAUCUGGCCAAGUUAAUGCCUACUCAGUGGCGAACUAUCGCUCCUAUUGUCGGAAGGACGGCGACCCAAUGCUUAGAACGAUAUCAAAAGCUGUUGGAUGAAGCAGAGGCCCGGGAAUCCGAUGAACUGGGCCUAGGCGGUCCUGCCGGAGGUGAAACUGCAGCCCCUAGUGCUGAUGAUGUCAGAAGACUACGGCCAGGCGAAUUGGACCCCGAUCCCGAAUCUAAACCCGCACGCCCCGAUACCAUCGAUCUCGAUGAGGACGAAAAGGAGAUGCUUAGCGAGGCACGUGCUCGCCUCGCGAAUACACAAGGAAAGAAAGCCAAGCGGAAAGCUCGAGAGCGCCAAUUGGAAGAGUCACGUCGCCUUGCGGUUCUACAAAAGCGUCGUGAGCUGAAAAAUGCCGGGGUUAACAUUAAAGUCGUCAGCCGAAAGAAGGGCCAGAUGGAUUACAAUGCGGAUAUUCCUUUUGAGAAACAGCCAGCCCCCGGCUUCUACGAUACUUUGGAAGAGGAAGCCAGGAAUGAGCGGCAGAGGGCAUUAUUCGAUCCUCGAAAGCAACAGCUUGCCAGUAAACGGAAAGGCGAUCAAGACGAGGAUCCCGAAAGGAAGAGAAGAAAAAAUGACAAAAGUGGCAAUGCUGCUUUCGCUGCGGCUGCAAAGGCAGGCCAGAUGCAGAAAAUCCGAGAAGCGGAACAGAGCAGUAAGCGUCGGGCCCUCGUACUCCCCUCUCCCCAAGUAAGCGAAACCGAGCUUGAAGAGAUCGUGAAAAUGGGCAUGGCGGGAGAGCGGGCAAGCAAGAUGGCAGGGGAAGAGGAGAAUGAUGGAACGCGAGGUUUAAUCAGUAACUAUUCUGCAAUCGUUGGGGGCACACCCAUUCGAACUCCCAGAGCCCCGGCUGAAGAAGAUCGGAUUGCAAACGAAAUCCGAAAUAUCAAAGCCUUGACGGAAACACAAUCCUCCCUGCUGGGCGGAGAAAAUACGCCAUUACAUGAAGGCGGUGGAUCUACUGGCUUUGAAGGAAUUGCGCCGCGGAAACAUGCACUCGUUACACCGAAUCCCAUGGCCACACCUUUCCGUCAAGCUAGUGCUAAUGGUAUAGGUGCCACUCCAAUGAAAACGCCAAUGGGCGUAGGAGCCACCCCACUACGUACACCCAGAGACAACUUUGCUAUCAACAAGGAUGCUGAUAUGGGGUCUCUUGUUGGUAACACUCCAAGGGAUGUGAAAUUGCGUGAGGACUUUUUACGGCGCCAAUUACGCAGCCAACUUGGCAAUCUUCCUACGCCAAAAGAGGUGGAGUGGGAGCUGGAGGAAUUGCCAACGGAAGAAGCAGAGCCAAGUGUCAAAGAGGUGCUUUCCGAAGAGGAUGCAGCUGAACGGGAUAGGAGAAAUAAAGCUGCCGCUGACAGGGCGGCUCAGGCUGAAUUUAAAAGGCAGACCCAAGUAUAUCAACUAGGUCUGCCGCGACCUAGUGUUCUCAACCUGGACGCAUUGGUGGGGAAGUCAAGUCAUGUUUCAGACCCUGCACAGCACUUGAUUACGCGAGAGAUGAUCACCCUUAUUGCCCACGAUGCCCGGAAAUUCCCCUUGCCUGGUGCUAAGAUUGAGGGAAAUGCUCCGAAAUUGGCCUCUUUUAGCGAUGCACAACUGGCCGAAGCCCGUGCGGCUAUCGUAGCUGAGGUGGCCUCUCUUCCUUCCCAGCAGGAUUGGCAGGAUACUUUCACGACCUCAUGGUCUUUCCUCCAUGAAUCAUCCGGCCUCCCAGGCCUCUCACUCUUCACCGACGACGAUGAUUAUGAGAUGCAGGAGCAACUCAUGAUGACCGCUUUUGACAAUGUGCAGACUUCACUUCUAGCCACUGCAGAACAAGGGAAUAAGUUAGAGAAGAAGAUUUCUCUCCACAAUGGCGGGUAUCAAGCUCGGGCAAAAACUCUCAGGACGAAAAUUGUGGAAGCCAAUGAAGCGCUCGAGAAGGCCAAAUUCGAGCUAGACGCUUUCCGAACACUUCAGCUUGGAGAAGAAUCGGGUAUCAGCAGGAGACUAGAGGUUCUCCGGGAUGAAGUGACGUUUGUCUCUCGUCGUGAGCGCGAGGCGCAGGAGCUGUACAGAUCGCGAAAGGAAGAGCUAGAGUCACUAGAGAGCGGCGCAGUGAAUGGAUGGGGCUAGUGGGAAGCAUGACGAUGAUGUGAUAAUUGUGUCAGAGGUCUGAUCAAUCUAUCUAUCUCUUUUCUAUUGGGUUGGUUGGGGGCUUGCUUGUAUUAAUAUCAUAUCCUAACAAAGCGGUGACGGGUUGUCAUUUUUGUUUACUGGGUUUUUUUUUAGGUUAUUUUAUAUGGUUAGUACUUGAACAAAGCCAUUCAGAUUUUACAGAAAACUAGAAUCGAAGUUGUUUAUCUCGCCCUGGUGGGAAUUUCAUUUCGUUCCUUGACAUGCCAUCCUGUUGCUGAGUCAGGCAGAAUUCCGACAUUCCA